AUGUCUACUUCUCCCGUUGUCACUCCUGCUGAAGCUGCCCCCGUCCAACAGCUCUCAGCUGAACAACAACAGCAAAUUGCUCAAGCUCAAGCUUCUGCUCCCGCUGGUGUCAAUGCUGCUCCUUCUCCCUCAGCAUCUCUCUAUGUUGGUGAGCUUGAUCCCUCAGUCACUGAAGCCAUGCUCUUUGAGAUGUUCAACAUGAUCGGCCCUGUCGCUUCCAUCCGUGUCUGCCGUGAUGCUGUCACUCGCCGCAGUUUGGGUUAUGCUUACGUCAACUUCCACAACAUUGUCGAUGGUGAACGUGCUUUGGAAAGCCUCAACUAUACCUUGAUCAAGGGUAAGCCUUGUCGUAUUAUGUGGUCUCAACGUGAUCCCUCUCUUCGCAAGACUGGCUCCGGCAACGUUUUCAUCAAGAACCUCGACCCCUCUAUCGAUAACAAGGCUCUUCAUGAUACCUUUUCCGCUUUUGGUAACAUCUUGUCCUGUAAGAUUGCCAUUGAUGAGAACGGUAACUCCAAGGGUUAUGGUUUCGUCCACUAUGAGACCGAAGAAGCUGCUGAUAACGCCAUUAAGCACGUCAACGGUAUGCUCUUGAACGAUAAGAAGGUUUAUGUUGGUCGUCAUGUCCCCAAGAAGGAGCGUCAAGCCAAGAUUGAGCAAUAUAGAGCCAAGUUCACCAACGUCUACGUCAAGAACUUGGACGAAUCUGUCAAGGAUGAUAAGUUGAGCGAGAUGUUUGGCAAGUAUGGCCCCAUCACUUCUGCUAUUGUCCAAGUCGAUGAAGAGGGUAACUCCAAGGGUUUCGGCUUUGUCAACUUUGAGAACCACGAAGAUGCUCAAAAGGCUGUCGAUGCUUUGAAUGAGACUGAGCAAGCUGAUGGUAAGACUCUCUACGUCGCUCGUGCCCAAAAGAAGUCUGAGCGUGAAGAAGAGCUCCGUAAGCAAUAUGAACAAGCCAAGCUCGAGAAGCUUGCCAAGUACCAAGGUGUCAACUUGUACGUCAAGAACUUGGAUGAUGAUCUCGAUGACGAGAAGCUCCGUCAAGAAUUCUCUGUCUAUGGUGUUAUCACUUCCGCCAAGGUCAUGGCUGACGAGAAGGGUCAAUCCAAGGGCUUUGGUUUCGUCUGUUUCUCCUCUCCUGAUGAGGCCACCAAGGCUGUCACUGAGAUGAACGGUCGUAUGAUCGGCGCCAAGCCCAUCUACGUUGCUCUCGCUCAACGCAAGGAAGUUCGUCGUUCUCAAUUGGAAGCUCAAAUGGCUCAACGCAACCAAAUGCGUAUGCAACAAGGUAUGCCCAUGCCCGGUGCUCCUGGUUACAUGCCCGGUGCUCCCAUGUUCUACGCUCCUCCUGGAGGUUUCCUUCCUCAAGGUCAACGUCCCGUCUUCCCUCCUAACGGUAUGAUGCCUCGUCCUCGUUGGGCUCCUCAACAAGGUCAACCUAUGCCCGGUUUCCCUCCUCAAGGCUUUGCUCCCAAUGGCAACAACAUGCGUCCUCCUCGUCAGCCUCGCGCUCCCCGUGGUGGUGCUGCUGGUCAGCGCAAGUACGCUAACCAAGCUCGUCAACAACCCGCUCAAGAGACUGCUGAGAACGCUGCUUCUGCUCCCUUGACCGCUGCUGCUUUGGCUGCCGCCCCCGCUGAAGCUCAAAAGCAAAUGCUUGGUGAACGUCUCUACCCCUUGAUUAACGCUCAGCAACCCGAGUAUGCUGGUAAGAUUACUGGUAUGCUUUUGGAGAUGGAUAACGGUGAAUUGUUGAACCUUCUCGAAGACAACAAGGCUUUGGAAAACAAGAUCAACGAAGCUAUGGAAGUCCUUAAGGCCCAUAUGUCUGAGGCUCCUAAGGAAGAAGAGAAGGAAGAGGCUACUGCCUAA